AUGUCUCAACAUGCUCGCAACCAUCAUGGCAACCGGCAUAUCGCCACCGCUCAAAUGGUUCGAUAUCCCAUGAUGCAUCUUCCAUCCGGACACUUGCAGCUUCGACACGUUGUACGGAAUCCCCGACUCCGGCCUCUCUGCGCAAUGCCAACACCCACCGUCACGUUAGUCGAAAUUUGUCGGGUCCUUCAGCGUCAGUGGCGCCAUAUUUCGGGUCUUCUAUCAGAUCAUUCAACUCGCACGGCAUGCUUCCCACCUGCAGGCGCCAGACGACUUGGAUUUGCUAUAUCUGUGGCACCCCCUCCAGUCAUCCUCUGCGUGAUCUUCUGUCGAAACCUUCACACUCUUUUCUGCUUUGGGUGCCGUCACCGUCGCAGUCGUGUCACGGCAAGUGCACGGUACGUGAACCAUGACUCGUUCUGGCAGGUUGAGAGCUUGAAAUCUGACUACCGCGGUUGCGGAGAGGGCUGCAGUUUGCAGUUUGCAGUUUGCAGUUUGCAGUUUGCAGUCUGCAGAUGGCAACAUGAUUUGA